CUGUAUCGUGUCCUGGCGGAAGGAAUAAUGAAGGCUUUGCUUGCGCUGCUGCUUCUCGGGGCUCUUGGCUGCUGGGCCGUCGAGGUGAAGAGGCCCCGAGGGGUCUCCGUGUCCAACCGCGGGUUCUACGAUGAUUCCAAGCCGUUCACUUGUCUAGACGGAUCCCGGACCAUUCCUUUCGACAGAGUCAAUGACGAUUACUGCGACUGCGCUGAUGGGACCGAUGAACCUGGUACCCCCGCCUGUUCCAACGGGCGAUUCCACUGCACCAAUGCUGGCUACAAACCCCAGUACAUCCCAUCAUCCCGCAUCAAUGAUGGAAUCUGUGACUGCUGUGACACAACAGAUGAAUAUAAUAGUGGAGCAGUGUGUGAGAAUACGUGCAGGGAACUGGGCAGGAAAGAGCGGGAAGAGCUCCAGAUUCAGGCAGAGGUAGCCAGAGAAGGAUUUAGGGUGAAACAGUUGUUGAUCGAGGAAGCCAGGAAGGGCCGAGAGGAGAAACAGACCAAGUUACAGGAGAUGGUACAGAGUCGUCAGGCGCUGCAGGCUCAAGUGGAUUCUCUACGCGCAGAGAAAGAAACCGCAGAAACACCUGAGCAAGAAGCAAAGGAUGCGCAUAAAAAGGCUUGGGAGGAGAGUAAAGAAGCAGAGAAGGCUGAAGUGGAUAAGCAGAGAUCACUGGAGGUCUUCACUGACUUGGACCAGGACUCUGAUGGAAUGCUGACUGCAUCUGAGCUGCUCUCUCAUCUGGAGCUGGAUGUGGAUGGAGAUGGUUCAGUGUCAGACCAAGAGGCACAGUCUUUGCUUGGAGGCCCAUCUUCUGUGGAUGUCGGCAGUUUCCAGGAGUCUGUCUGGCCUCAGAUCCGAGAAAAGUACAAAUCAGAGGCCGAUGCCCUGCCAGUGCCUCCUAUAGAGGAACCAACUGAGUCUCACCCAGAGGUCCCUGAGGAUGAGGACGAGGAAGAUGGAGAUGAAGGAGAGGAUGAUGAAGAGGAUGAACCUGAAGAAGAUAUUAGGGUUCCACCCAGCAAGACCCAGGAAGCAGAACCAGAGAUGCCGCCUUACGAUGAAACAACACAGGCUUUGAUUGAUGCUGCACAGAAAGCUCGCUCCCAGUAUGAAGAAGCAGAGAAGUCUCUGCGUGACAUGGAGGAUACUAUUAGGGGUUUGGAGAAGGAGAUUUCAUUAGAUUUUGGACCCAAUGGAGAAUUUUCUUACCUCUAUGGAGAGUGCUAUGAGCUUUCAACAAGCGAGUACGUUUACCGUCUCUGCCCAUUCAAUCGUGUGACUCAGAAGCCAAAACAUGGAGGAUCUGAAACCAACCUUGGAACAUGGGGAUCCUGGGCAGGACCAGAGGAUAACAAAUUCAGCAUUAUGAAGUUUGAGCAUGGCACAUCUUGCUGGCAAGGACCAAAUCGCUCAACACAGGUGAAGUUAUCAUGUGGAAAGGAUACAGUUGUGACCUCCACAUCAGAGCCGAGCCGCUGUGAGUACUUGAUGGAGUUCUUUACACCUGCAGCCUGUCACUCACCUCCUGAGGUUCUAUCAGAAGACCAUGAUGAGCUGUGAUAGAGCUCAGGAUAUAGACAUGAUGGCACCCCUCAUUGCCAACAGAUGGAGCUGCUUUAUUCUGGGACCUAAAUACAUGUGACCAGUAAUAUGGAAAUCCUCCCGAUUAACCUCUCCAGAAGAGCAUCCUCUCUGAGCCAAUCACACGCCGACACCUCACUUUCCUCCUCCUGCAGAAGCGGCAACUAGACACUGGCAACCAGAAGACACAUUCCAUCCCUUAGCACUUACCAUACGCUGUACAUAUCGCUGGAAAUGGCUUGUUGUGUUUUGUUAAAUAAAAGAAUCUGACCUUUUA